UCGGCAUUCACGGUGCCUGGUGCAUUCCCAACCUCGCUCUACUCCAAGUACUACAACAGCCCAACUGCUACCACUGCCCAGCCCCAGCCUGUCAUUUCUGAUCCGGUCACACACGAGGUGUUUCCGCUGUCGUUGACAGACCCUGAUGAUAUUCCUCAAAACGAUACGGUCGACCCGCAUCCCCUCCCUCCUAUUGCCUCUCCUUCACAGAUCCUGCAACAAGCAAUUACGCAAAUCCAAUCAAUAGCCGCCAAUGCAGCCUUUGGAAAUAGUCAGUGUGCACGCUGCCAAGCUUCUCUCGAAGUUGCGAAAUUUGUUGCUUUGAGUGCUCCCGACCAAGGUCCAAGUCUCGCAGUAUCCCUCUGCGAGUACUUUAAUUACUCCUCCACAUGUACUGCCAAUUACGGUCCGCUUGCCCUCGGUCCCAUUUUUACCCAAGUUGUCGCUUAUGCGGAUGUGGGAGGAUACGAUGGCCAGCUCAUUUGUGCCGAAUUUCUGGGACUUUGUUCGGUCCCACCCACACUGCCUCUUAACUUGACUGGUUGGUUUUCCAAACCAAAACCUAACCCACUCCCACCUCCAAAGCAACCCACCGGGGAACGCCUCAAGGUGUUACAUAUAUCAGAUCUCCACAUUGAUCCUCGGUACGCAAACAACGCUGAGGCCAAUUGCACAAGCGGACUAUGCUGUCGUGAGAAUUCAUACAAUUCUGAGAGCCCACAUACCCCCAUCCUACCCGCUCCCCGCUUUGGGUACUUCUUGUGUGAUUCGCCAUACGCUUUGAUCGCUGCAGUCUUGCAGGCUAUUCCACCUCUAACAGGGUCUGAAACCACAGGUUUCAAUUUUACUCUGUUCACUGGUGAUAUGCUAGCGCAUGACCCAGAUUACCAACAGUCUAGCAGUUUCUCACCUCGAGACAAGGUUGUUCUGUUUGAUCUUAUCAAGCGCAUGUUGGGACCGGGCCCCGUAUACGUUACACUCGGAAAUCAUGAUAGCUAUCCCACUGAUCAGGCAGCACCCCUAUCGAUGGAUGGUGAUCUCGGUCAACAGUUUAGUUGGUUAUACGACCAUGUCACUGCUCUCUGGGAAUACCAGGGUUGGUUGCCAGCUGCCUCAGUGGAAGACUCGCGCGCCCAUUACGCAGCGUACAUGGUUAAACGGGCGGAUGGACUGAGGAUCAUCAGUUUGAAUACCAAUCUAUGGUAUCGUGCGAACUACCUCAAUUAUAUCAAUGCUUCUCAUCCUGACACCUCUGGGAUGAUGAGAUUCCUUACGGACGAGUUGCAAGCGGCGGAAGAUGCAGGCGAUCGCGCGUGGAUCAUUGGGCACGUUCCUAGUGGUUGGGACGGUACGAAUGGACUUUAUAACCCUACUGACCUAUGUGAGUGUAGCGUGGACCGAUAUACCCCACAUGUAAUUGCUAACAUCUUCUGGGGCCACAUGCACGAAGACGAGUUAUCAAUCUUUUAUACCAACAACGGCACGAACAUCAGUGCAGAAACGGCCCAAGCCGUGUCCUGGAUGGGGCCUUCUGUCACUCCUCUCACCAAGUUGAAUUCUGGAUUCCGAAUGUACGAAGUUGACUCAGGGACGUUUGAGGUGCUUGACGCCUACACUUGGAAGAGCCCCGUAGAUACCUAUAGCCAACUGGACUCCCAGCUACAGUACGGCCCCGCCUUUGAAUUCGAAUACAGCGCUCGUGAUGCGUACGGCGGGAAUAUACCCUGGGGUGCCAAUGACCCCUUAAAUGCAACAUGGUGGCACCUUGUGACUGAGCAAAUGGAGACAAACUCAUCAUUAGUAUCGGAUGUGUGGAACACCUACCAAGGCAAAGGCUCUGUCUUCACACCGCCCUGCACUGGUGAGUGUGUAACUGCAAGAAUCUGUUACAUCCGUAGUGGCUCGUCAAGCAUUGCGCAACAGAAUUGCCCUCGGGGUUAUGGUUCCGUGCAGUGAACCCUUUACAUUAACGAACAACGGCAGACUCUAAGCAUGGGUAGUAAUUCCUUUAACUAGCUUUCAGGUGAUUCAUGUCCGUAGAUAUUAUAUUGGGUUGCAUUCUUUAUACCGUUGGUGUUCGAAGCC